UAAAACCGGGACGUAUACAAUCAAAGAGUCACAGUUUAUGAAGUAUAGUGCGGAAGAUCACUAUGAAGUCGGUAGCUCUUGUGUUCCUUUUUGUGUUAGGCGCAUUAGCCGAUGAUGUUAAAAAUGAAUUUGAGCAAGGAGCUAUGCGGGACGCCUUUCAAUUUGUGGAUAAAUGUGGGAAUAAAGAAAUUUCAGUUUGCCUCAAGGAGCGAGCCCUACAAUAUCUAGAUAAAUUACCAAACCGAUUAGAAAUUGGGGCCGGACUUAGCAUUGAACAAGCGGAGGGUGCCGUUGAUAGAUCCGGAAGGGUUUACAAUGAUCGUGAACUGCCUGAGGAUCCCAGGGCACGGGAAGAAGCUAUUGACACGAUGCUUUAUGAUAAGUUCCUCAACUUCCUAUCAUCGCAUACUGUCGAAUUUAAAGUACCCGAUUCGGCCAUCACGGAAUUUAAGCGGUCACUCGAAGAAGGUCGCAAGAAAAAAGGCAAAAAGGGAAACAUGAUGGGGUUACUGAUGCUGUUUAAAAUGAAAGCUGCCAUGUUAGCAGCUUUAGCAAUGAAAGGCUUAGCUGUAAUCGCAUUUAAAGCUUUAGUUAUUGCGAAGAUAGCCCUAACUAUUACGUUGAUAAUAGGAUUAAAGAAACUUGCCGAGGCCAAGCACCAUUCGUCAACAUACGAAGUAGUUGCACACGAUGAUCAUCAUGGACAUUUUAGGUCUUUCGGCCAAGAACUCGCUUACAGAGGAUAUAAAGACGACUCGAAUGGAAUUAUAAGCUCUUAACCUUCAGUUCAUUCUAACGGACUGUUGUCUGUCUGAUCAGAAUAAUUUAUUUAUUUAAUGAAAUUGUGAUUGUUCCAAAUCUAUUUAUUAACUUAUUUUUUAUUGAAUAAUUGUUGCGUUUCAUUGUAGUUAACUUGUAAAUAGUAAU